UAAACAGAAGAAAAGGACACCACCGUCGCUUCUCGUAGCGUUAGCUGCUUGGCUAGCUAAUAACAUUUUCACGGCUGUUUUGGGAAAUAUUAACAGGUACGCUGGAAUUUUCUGAUACCCACUCGGACAUGUCCUAUGUCUUCAUCAACGAUUCGUCGCAGACCAACGUGCCUCUGCUGCAGUCCUGCAUCGAUGGCGACCUGCCCUUCGCCAAGAGGCUCCUGGAGACCGGCUGCGACCCCAACAUCCGCGACAACCGGGGUCGCACCGGCUUGCACUUGGCUGCGGCGCGGGGGAACGUGGACAUCUGUCGCCUGCUGCACAAGUUUGGCGCCGACCUGUUGGCGACGGACUACCAGGGGAACACGGCGCUGCACCUGUGCGGCCACGUGGAUACCAUCCAAUUCCUGGUGUCCAAUGGGUUGAAGAUUGAUAUUUGUAACCACAACGGCUCCACGCCCCUGGUGCUGGCCAAAAGACGCGGCGUCAACAAGGACGCCAUCCGCCUGCUGGAAGGACUAGAGGAGCAGGAGGUGAAAGGCUUCAACCGCGGCGCCCACUCCAAACUGGAGACCAUGCAGAUGGCCGACAGCGAGAGUGCCAUGGAGAGCCACUCGCUGCUCAACCCCAACCUGCAAAGCAGCGAGGGCGUGCUGUCCAGCUUCCGCACCACCUGGCAGGAGUUUGUGGAGGACCUGGGCUUCUGGAGGGUCCUGCUGCUGCUGGUGGUCAUCGCCCUCCUCUCCCUGGGCAUCGCCUACUACGUCAGCGGCGUGCUGCCCUUCUCCACCAGCCAGCUGGAGCUGGUGCACUGAAUGAAGCAAGAGGGAAUUUGUUUUAUGAGCCGUACGUCAGGUUCUCUGUGUACAAUUGCGAGUAACUCACACCAACUCACCCCUGUAAAAAUCUUUAUUGAUGGGUCUCAAUUUUUAUUUUGUAUUUUUUUUUUACAUCGAGUUUCACUGUCCCCCCCCCCCCCACCCCCCAAAAAAAGCUCUCUUAAGUACCACCGUCAUGACCACAUUGUGAGAAUCACUGGCUUAUAUCAAUGGUUCAAACUGUUCAUAUACCACGAACUAUGAUUCCAAAUCACGUUUGAUAUUUCAUGAAAAAAUAAAAUAAAUAAAUAAAUAAAUGCACCUGAAGUGCGCAUGUACAUCAGAGGAAGCGAAAGUACACUCUGUGCUGAAGUAGAAGUUGUUUUGGCAGAUCUUUUUCUGACACAGCGAGUGAGGAAGCAAUCUUGUCUUUGUGGGGUUUUAUGACAAAAAAAAAGGAAAGCUCUUUGCAAAGAGAGGAAACGCUCUUACGAGUUGUCACCCCUCACUGAAUGAAGCCCGGACCAAAAAAAAAAAACACUUUGUGGUAUCGAGGUUUUAGCGAGACAGAGAAAGAAAUCAGAGCAACUGUCUUUGUCCGGCUGCACUCAACUUAUCUAGUCACAACAUCAUAAUAAAGCCUGUGAAGGCUGUAUAAAACUAAUAGAAGUCAUAUUUGGUCGAUAUAAAACAUCCAUUUUUUUACGUCUCGUCGUCAGCCGCGGAGAUCGAAAGCCUAUUUUGAGCAAUUAUGGAGUAGAAAGUACUGAGAACUGUUUUCGAAUGUCGUCCGGAAAACGAAAUACUCACGUGAAGUACAGAUAACCGAAAAAUCGACUCGUUGCUUGUCACCGCUGGUGUACGUGCGGCGAACUCUCCAUUACAGCCCAAACUAAAAUUAGCUCCUCCUCAACAUAGAAAGUUGGUAGUCUGUCAUUUCAGAUGGAUCGCUGACGUAAAUUACUACUUUCCUCUUGGCCAGGACUUUGGCGCCAUCUUGUGAGCACGAAAAAAACAAAAAAACACAAGCGGAUUAUUUUUUUAUUUUUUUUAUUUCAGUGAAUAAUGAAUGAUAGGUUCCACCCCAAAAAUGGAAAUUGGUGAUUUUUGAGAAUAGCGAACAACGAAUAGGUGGGGGUUCACUGUAUUACCGACAAAAUUGCCCCUGGAUGAGUUAGCAUUGACUUCUGUGCUUGUAAGUAACAAAUAAUACAAUGUAUUUUUCUGAUUCUUAUUUCUCCACAUGUAACCGCAGCUGCUUUGGAGAAAUGAUGCACUACGCUGUACAUUGUUCAUGUUAUUAUACCUCUACAUAUUUUUGUUUUGAAUCUCACAUCUGUAUUAAUUCCUAAUAAUGUCAUUCAAGCGAGCGAAGUUUGAGUUUUUGUGUGCCAGUGCUUUGUGUCCGUAGAGACAUCCCCCCCCCGUGCAAGACGACAAUUUUGUGUUCUAUCCCACAUGCGUUUAUUGUUUGUAUUUUUUAUUGACGUCUUUGAAUGUUAGGUGCAGGCAACAAGUGGCAUAUAUGAAUAAAACGAUAAAGUUA